AUGAGCUUUGGAGAUCUCGACGAGCGCCCGGCCAAGAAGCGCCGUUUCUUCGUCGAGGAUGAGCCCGUCCAGGAGCCCUCAUCGCCGGACGACGUGCUCCCCGCUUCUGCUGAGCAAGACAACAUCCAGAAUGCAAGCACCCCAGGCUUCGACGCCGACCUAUUCGCGUCGUUUGUGGGAGAAAGCGUCCCGGAAGAUACCCUGAAGAGACUGCAAGAAGCUAGCGGCAAUGACAUCCAGCGCGCUAUCAACAUGUAUUUCGAUGGUUCAUGGAACGCUGCGCCCACCGCCGUGCCUCCUCGCCUCAGUGGCACCCUGGAUUCCUUCGCUCAACCGAAAGACUCGCCUCCGCAGGUGAAUUCUACAAUAGAUGAUCCCGCUUCUGCUGUGCCUCAGCGACCUCGAGCAAGCACAACCAUGCCAGACAAGCGAUAUAUUGGUGCGUUUGGUGUCACCGGCUGGGCAACCAGAAGCGGAACCGGCCUGAUCAAGUUCGGCGAGAAAGUGAACAUCGAGCGUGCAAGGACUCAGCCGACAACGAAGCUUGGGCGCAGUGGCAAGAAAAUACCAAACAAACGACAGGAUAUUGUUGUGCGUUUUACGAAUGCGCGUGGCGAAGAAGUUGGUCGCUUGGAGAAUGAGUCUGCCGCCUGGGUCUCCUCCUUGAUCGACCAGAGAGUGUGUACCUUCGAAGGCUCAUGCGUAUAUACCCCCGACAGGAUACGCACCAACGAUACCAUCUACCUUCAGCUUCGAGCCUAUUUGUUGAGAACUGUUUUUGAUGCGGCCGCCUUCGUGAGGCCCGCCGACACGAAUCGUGAAUCUGCAUUCUUUGAGGCCAAGGAAACCCAAGAGGAACGCAACCUACGCCUGCGCCAAGUGGCGAUGGUGAAGCUGUUCGACGAAAUCAACCUUCACCCCACCCGUGUGAACGCCCAAGCCGACAAGCAUAAGCGCCAGGGAUUGCUCAAGGCUGCCGAGAUUGCGGAGAAGAACGAACAGCAGGGAGGUUCCAAUCCAAAGUCUCAAAAAUCAUCCGGCAACGAACCUGGGACGCCGCCAUCAGAUGAGACCGAAGAAGGCGAGGAACUUGAGCAGGACCAGCUGGAUUCUCUUUACAAGAAGGCGCAGUCUUUUGACUUCAAUACGCCUGAAGCAGAACCUGCAAGCACUUUUGCUAUGGACCUUCGGAAGUAUCAAAAGCAGGCACUACACUGGAUGAUAAGCAAAGAGAAGGAUAAGAAGUCCGAUCGCAGAGAAAUGUCGAUGCACCCACUCUGGGAGGAGUACGCUUGGCCAACCAAGGACGUGGAUGACAGUCCACUGCCUGAAGUCGCGGGUCAACCGGCGUUCUACGUGAACCCUUAUUCUGGAGAGCUGUCUUUGGACUUUCCUGUGCAAGAGCAAAACUGCUUGGGUGGGAUUCUGGCGGAUGAGAUGGGCUUGGGCAAGACUAUUGAGAUGCUCAGUCUGAUCCAUUCUCACACGGCCGACCUUUCUUCCCCAUCCGACGGCGUCUUAGCAACAGUAAACGAUCUUGCGCGCUUGCCCACUCGUUCAUCAUCAGUUGGAAGAGCUCCUCUGACUACGCUUGUGGUAGCACCCAUGUCACUGCUCGCUCAAUGGCAAAGUGAGGCCGAGAAAGCCUCCAAACCGGGGACUCUCAAGACCAUGGUGUACUAUGGCUCUGAGAAGACUGCUAAUCUCCAGAAGCUUUGCUGCGAGGCAAAUGCGGCAAAUGCUCCAAACGUCAUAAUCACCUCGUAUGGCGUCGUCCUCUCUGAAUUCAACCAGGUCGCAGCCAUGGACGGCAAUCGUGGCUCCCACGGCGGUCUUUUCUCCGUGGAGUAUUUCCGCAUCAUCCUCGACGAGGCUCAUUUUAUCAAAAACAGACAAUCCAAGACUGCAAAGGCCUGUUACGAGCUUUCUGCCCAACACCGCUGGGUUUUGACUGGUACACCCAUCGUCAACCGUCUUGAAGAUCUCUUCUCUCUCGUGCACUUCCUGAGAGUAGAGCCCUGGUCAAAUUUCUCGUUCUGGAAGACCUUUAUCACUGUUCCGUUUGAAUCAGGAGACUUCAUCCGGGCUCUCGACGUUGUUCAAACAGUGCUCGAACCUCUUGUCAUGCGCCGUACGAAGGAGAUGAAGACUCCGGAUGGUGAAGCACUGGUGCCGCUUCCGCCGCGAAAGAUUGAGGUUGAAUCAAUUGAGCUUUCGAAGGCUGAGAAGGACGUCUACGACUGGAUUUAUACCAGAGCGAAACGGACGUUUGCUGCUAAUGUUGAGGCUGGAACACUCAUGAAAUCUUACACCACUAUCUUUGCCCAGAUCUUACGUCUUCGGCAGAGUUGCUGCCAUCCUCUACUAACCCGCAGCAAAGAUAUUGUUGCCGAAGAAGAAGAUGCUGCUAACGCCGAGGACCUCUCGAAGGGUCUGGCUGACGACAUGGACCUUGAUACCUUGAUCCAACAAUUCGAAGCUGAAGACGAGAACGGGGAGCAGGACGCCAACCGGUUCGGUGCGCACGUCUUGAAACAGAUUCAAGCAGAGCAGCACUCUGAAUGUCCCAUCUGCUCCGAGGAGCCGAUGGAGGAGCAAGCCGUGACGGGUUGCUGGCAUUCUGCCUGCAAACAGUGCUUGCUUGACUUCAUUGAGCACCAACGUGACAAAGGAGAGAUUCCGCGCUGUUUCACCUGUCGAGAACCCAUCAACUCACGCGAUGUGUUUGUUGUCGUGCGUCACGAUAGCUAUGAUGAGGAUGAAGCGCUCUAUUCCUCACCCGGAAACUCUGGCAAUCACACCCCGCGCAUUUCCCUCAGACGGGUCAAAUGCGCCGCCUCCGCCAAGAUUGAAAAUCUCCUCUUCCAUCUCAAGAAGGUCCGCCGCGAGGAACCUGCCACCAAGUCGGUGGUUUUCUCGCAGUUCACUAGCUUCCUCGACCUCAUCGAGCCCGCCCUCACCCGCGAUAAUAUCCCCUUCGUCCGCUUCGACGGCAGCAUGUCGCAGAAGGCACGUGCGGCCGUGCUUCAGGACUUCACCAGCCGAGCAAAAGGCGUGGUUUUGCUACUGUCGCUGCGCGCCGGCGGUGUAGGGCUGAAUCUCACGGCGGCGAAGCGCGUCUACAUGAUGGACCCUUGGUGGAGCUUCGCGGUCGAGGCGCAGGCCAUCGAUCGCGUCCACAGAAUGGGCCAGGAGAGCGAGGUGCUGGUAAAGCGGUUUGUGGUCCGGGGCAGUAUCGAGGAGAAGAUGCUGAAGAUUCAGGAAAGGAAAAAGUUCAUCGCCAGUAGCUUGGGCAUGAUGAGCGAUGAAGAGAAGAAGGUGCAGAGGAUUGAAGAUAUCAGAGAGUUGUUGAGUUGA